AAAUGAUAAGACGUACCUGGAACGUCUUAACAGUUAAACCUCACUCAGCGCUGAGUGCUGCCAGUGAGCAUCUGUAGACCUGCCUUCUUUCUGUCCGAAGUUCCUAUUACACGGCAUAUUCUCCUCAGAUGCAGGCAGCAACGGUCAGCGCCCUCGGCACCCUUGCUGACCCUCCUGCUCGAAUGGUCGAUGGUGCAGCCAUGGACUAUUUAUUGAUCGAAGCUGUGAAUGCCCUUCGUGUCUCAUCAGCAGUCGCUUCUGCUCGAGCAAAAAAAAUAGAGCGCGACAUGGUCGAAGCUGGUUUGGUUUCACCACCACCGCCAACCGCCAAACAACAGAAUCCGAGAGACAGUACUAGUAGCACGUCAGGUAAGAUAUCAGGGCCUGCGGACGAGGACGAGGGGGUGAGAUCUAGGCUGGAAGCUAUCGGUAUGCACAUUGGGGGUAACUUUGUGGAGAGGCUUUGCCGUGAUCGCCCAUUAUUCAGUGACUCUCUGGACGUCAUCAAGUUUGUUUGCAAGGAUCUUUGGGUUUCUUGCUGGGAUAAACAAGUCGAUAACUUGCGUACGAAUCACAGGGGGGUCUAUGUUCUUCAAGAUAACGCUUUCAAGCCGAUUACUCGAAUUUCUUCAUGGGAGGGUCGACAAGAAGCUCUUAAGCGAGCCAAGCUGUAUGUUGCACUUCCUGCUGGGAUUAUUCGAGGUGCAUUGUCUCGAAUCGGUUUUCAAGGGAUGGUAGUUCCUGAAAUCACCACUUUACCUCAGUGCACCUUCCAGAUCAAACUACCAAAAAACACAUAAACCCGUAACACUAUAUUAGCCUCAAAUAAUUCGUCAAUCCAUGGUAGCCCGAGUUGUGAAGUUGCUGCUGAAUGCGAAUCCCCUUGCUGAAAGCUCAGGUGUUGGGGUCACCAAGUGGUAAGAUGGACAACAAGUAGGCAAUGUGACUCGGGAGGAAGGAUCGGGUCUUGUGUCAGUUCUCGAGUUUCCGGCUACAAACUUCACUACACACUACUCUCUUUAUACCAGAUGAAUUUGUUGCACGAACGAGAACAUCUGAAGUUGGUGAUGCUCAGCCAAGUUUCUCCUUGCAAUUGCAAAUGUAUCAGAAUCAGUAAGAUCCUCGUUGCGAUUGCAGGUUUAUCGGAACGGUGCACAAAGUAAUGGCAUGGCCAUCUUUCAAGUCGGAA